UAACUCGAAAUCAAAUCUAGAGCUGGGAGUCCUUGACCGAAGGGGUUUUGACCUGGGUUCACCAGAACCCAUCCAACGGGCCAGAACUGCACUCUGCUUUUAUCUCACACACGGUUCAAAGGACCUCGCAAUCGCAAGUCUUCUUGACUCUUGAGAGAGAAGAGAGAGAAAGUGACGGUGUUCGCGGUGCAGUAGAGUGGUGGAAUCGAAGAGAGAUGGGGACGAGAGAGGUCUAUGAGGAGAAGCUAAGGUCGGGCAAUCUCCAUCACGACCCUACCAUGAACCCUGGCCUCGGUUCGCCUCGCUGUCCUCGCUGUCUUUCUCUCUUAAGCCCCAAUUCGCAGGAAAAUGGGGAAUGGACAAUCACUUCUGUUUUACACGACGCCACAGCUGUUGCUGGUUCUGGUGUUGGUGGAAUGCUUAGUGCAAUUCAUGGUGUUAAUGCAGGACUCCCAUAUGUUCAGAAACAUGUUAAGGGACCGAAGUGGCUUCCUUUUCUUAUUGGGCUUCCUCCGCUGCUAAUGUAUUCUGCUGCAAGCUCUGCUUUUGGAGGUUAUGUGCUUCCAAAGUUUACUCAACUUACUGUGACAUCAUAUUAUGCUGCCUCGAGCACUUCGCAUUAUGGUAUUUCGCUGCUCACUAGACAUAUUGAAGAGGCCCACACUUCUCGAACCCGGCACAAAAGGCUCGGAUGACCUGCUGCAGAGGUAGACAAAGAGAACCUAGAAUCCGAGCGCAUGGUCCAUAAAGUUUUGGUGUCAUUUAACGCCAAAUGCUAAAUUACUGUGUUACUCGUACCCACCACCAGCACCCCAAAGCAUGGCUGUACAACUACAAGCUUUUUCUCGACGCCUACAGCGCACGCUACCACAGGGGCACUAUUUAUUUAAACUGUCAACCUCGUUUGUAAGCUUUAUAUUAGGUGUGGACCAAUUUUUCUUUAAUGUCACUGGAUCUCUUUUUAAGCUGUGGUCCUAAUGAUAUAAUGUGUCUCUGUUACGUUGUGGUCCUAUUGAUAAAUAAUAGUGUGUGUUUUUUUUCA